GUGUUUGACUGAAGCUCUCACUAGCGCUGCCAGUGGACAAUCAAACGUACACACCCACCUCUGUCUACACUCGUCUGUCCAACAUUUCUUACUUCUGCUACAAAAUACAUAGCUACAUCAAAUCUCUCAGCUCUAAACCUCAACCCGGCGCAUCGUCAAACACCAGCAAUAGCUCAAAAAAGACCUCUUACAAUACAACAUGGAGUCCCCUCCAGAUCCAGCGAGCGACCCGGGCAACGGCGUCUCAGAGCCGGUUACCCCGGUCAGGGAAACCCCGGUAAACCUGGAGACCCUCCGCAAAGCUGAGCACCAAGCCCCGGUGCGCCGGCAGAGCUGCUCCAGUACCAACAGAGGUAUUUCAGUAACAAAGAAGACACACACUUCUCAAAUCGAAAUAAUUCCCUGCAAGAUCUGUGGAGACAAAUCAUCAGGCAUCCAUUACGGUGUGAUAACGUGUGAAGGCUGCAAGGGUUUCUUCAGGAGGAGUCAACAGAGCAAUGCGGCGUAUUCAUGCCCGCGUCAGAAGAACUGCCUGAUUGACCGCACCAGCCGAAAUCGCUGCCAACACUGCAGGCUGCAGAAGUGUCUGGCCGUGGGCAUGUCACGUGAUGCGGUGAAGUUCGGCCGCAUGUCGAAGAAACAGCGGGAUAGCCUGUAUGCAGAAGUGCAGAAACACCGGCUCCAACAACAACAGCGGGACCACCAACAGCAGCCGGGCGAAGCCGAGCCCCUAACCCCAACCUAUGGCCUCACAACCAACGGUCUGACCGAACUCCACGAUGACCUGAGCGGCUACAUGAACGGCCAUACACCUGAUGGCACUAAACCGGACUCGGGCGUCAGCAGCUUCUACCUGGACAUCCAACCUUCACCCGACCAGUCCGGCUUGGACAUCAAUGGCAUCAAGCCAGAGCCCAUUUGCGACUUCACCUCAGGCUCAGGCUUCUUCCCGUACUGUUCCUUCACCAAUGGAGAUACAUCCCCCACUGUUUCCAUGGCUGAGCUGGAGCAUCUGGCCCAAAACAUUUCCAAGUCCCAUAUGGAGACAUGUCAGUACCUGAGAGAAGAGCUUCAGCAGAUGACCUGGCAGGCAUUUCUUCAGGAAGAAGUGGAGAGCUACCAGAACAAGCCCAGAGAAGUCAUGUGGCAGUUGUGUGCCAUUAAAAUAACAGAGGCCAUUCAGUACGUGGUGGAGUUUGCCAAGCGCAUCGAUGGCUUCAUGGAGCUCUGUCAGAAUGAUCAGAUAGUGCUUCUCAAAGCAGGCUCUUUGGAGGUGGUGUUUGUCAGAAUGUGCCGUGCCUUCGACCCUCAGAACAACACAGUCUAUUUCGACGGAAAGUAUGCAGGGCCUGACGUGUUUAAAUCGUUAGGCUGCGAUGAUUUGAUCAGCUCUGUCUUCGAGUUUGGGAAAAACUUGUGUUCUAUGCACCUCUCUGAAGACGAGAUCGCCCUGUUCUCUGCCUUUGUGUUGAUGUCUGCAGAUCGAUCUUGGCUUCAGGAGAAGGUGAAGGUGGAGAAACUCCAGCAGAAAAUCCAGCUGGCACUCCAGCACGUUCUGCAAAAGAACCACAGAGAGGACGGCAUACUGACAAAGUUGAUAUGCAAAGUCUCCACACUGCGAGCUCUGUGCAGCCGGCAUACAGAAAAGCUGACGGCGUUCAAAGCAAUAUACCCAGACAUUGUGCGAGCCCACUUCCCCCCAUUGUACAAGGAGUUGUUCGGAUCAGACUUUGAGCAGUCCAUGCCCGUUGACGGGUAACGCUUCCCCGCGCCCGCCCGGGGAUUUCACGCCGUGGGGAAUGUCAAGCAUAAAUCUGAGACACUUUACCAGUGCCCUGCACAUACACACACACCUGGACGGCCGACGCACACACACACACUUUUCCCUUUUUCUUUGUGUUUUUUUUUUCUUCGUGGGACUGGCUUUGACUCCAGUGGUUUAUUUUUGGGGUUUGUUCCCUCCAUUUACUGACACAGGUGGGAUGUGAAGCCCAGGGGAGAGGAUGAGAAGAUGAGUAGACGCUUGUUUUUCAUACUCUAUUUUUCUGGCUGAACCUGAAGAGUCCAUGCAUACGAUUCGAGAACGGUCCCAUGGCGAUUUGUCACGAUCAGCAUAAAUUGUUUUGACUCGUUUCCAAGCUGAAAACGAUUUCCCGAGAGCAUUCGCCUGGAUCCAGUAUUUUAAACAUUUUUAAAGAAAGCCACACAUACGAGCCAAGAAAAUGAAAUAUAAAGAAUGUUUAACUACGUACCAGUACCAUACCGAAAUAUAGAUUACAGAUUGUGGCCCAUGUGGUCUGCAUGGCCCAGGCUAAGCCAGUUCCUUCCUCCAGUGGUUUUGAUUUUUUCUGGAAACGCUUGAUGUCAGAAUACAAACCAGCAGCGAAAAAAAGAGAAAUUCGAGGAGGACGGGAGAUAAAGAGGAGAGAUUGAGAAGAAGUGUGAAGCAAUGUCUGUCGGCAUUUGGUGACAAAGCAGCACCUUUCUACGGACAAUCGUCUAUAAAGAAGGAAAAACGUAGAAUUCUGGUAAUUCUAGUUGAAAUGUUGUAAAAGCUCAAUUACUUUUAGCUGUCAGAGACUUCAUCUACCAUAGUUGCUUAAGUGAUAUCUUUUAAGGCCAUCUGCUAUUAAGUCCCUCUCUGGAAUGGUGUUAACGUAAUGGUCCGACCGCCAACAUCGAUGCAAUGAAGGAUCCAUUCCACCCUAUUUCCUAACGUGUUACAGGGUAUACGGUCAUAAGUACAAACAAUACAGAAAAAAAUAUGUUUAUAGAAUCUAUUUUAAAUAACAUGUAUGAUAUUAGUAGCUAGACUAUUCUUAAUUGUGAAAAAUUGAUAAGGCACUUUUAUUUGCACCUUUCUUUAAUUUAAGACUUGUAUAUUUACCUAGUUAUGUGUGUGUUGCAUGUAUAAAUACCACGGUUAUGGAAAACAAGUGCUGGAAACCCUAACGCUGCUGUGGGUGGGUGUGUGUUUGUGUGCGUGUUUGUGUAUUUAUUUGCGAGGUUGGUGCUGGGUAAAGGCUGUUCACAUCUGUUCAUAUAUUUAUUUUAAAAAACGGCAGCUUCAGAAUACUGUUCGUAGAUCUGCGUUACAUUUUUGGCACAAGGCAACCCGGUCAGAAAGCUGUUUCGGGAUCAGAAAGCUCUGCUUUUCUGUUGUGUAACAUUUUUAGAAACGGCUGUACCAACAGUUCACCGUUUCAUCACAUGGAGGGGUUGCAUAUCGGUUUUACGAUUAUAAAAGUGAUUAUAAAACCUAUAGGUCAAUUUUAAACAGGCUUGUUACCAUAUUUGAGAAAAAAAAAAUUUGAUCUAUUUAUGGAUAGAAAAGCUUUUUCAUACAUUUCAGUCUGGUUCCAUCUAGUGGUGGUUUUGAGUUGAUCUGGCAACCGUUCUUUCAUGUGUUGUUCUGGACUCGAGAUGAAAGUGUAUCUUUUUAAAACAGCUCUUGUGAAGGUCUUUGCCCAGCAACAACGCCCGUCAGGAGCGUAAGCGUGAAAAAUAAGAAAAGAUAAAUAUUCAAAGCCUUGUCUGGUUGAAAUCCUCUAUUUUUGUAACAUUGUAUAAAGCCUAUGAAAGAAAAAAGGGAACGAAGGAUGAUAUAGCACUUAAUCCUGCAAUAAUGAAUUAGAAUUUGUGUGUUUUUUAUGAUUUUUUUUUUUCAAAGAACAAUACAAUUUUAGUAGUAGUGCUAUUUUUUGGAAUACCUAACUGUUGUGCGUUGCGUAUGUUUGUAAGUCUUUUGAAUGUGCCAUAGUGGUCUAUCCUGCUAUUUUGAGUCUGAAGAAAUUGUGUUGUAACAUUCCAGUAAAACUAUGUUGUGACAUUCAUGAAAUCCCCAUGUAAAACCUCAACGACCUGCUAACCGACAUUGAGUAGAUCUUGGAGAGCAUCUUAUCGUUUUGCUUUUAUUGUCAUAACAUUUUCAUUCCCAAUCAUGUGGUUUUUCAAGUAUUUUCCUCAGGGAAGAGUCUGUCUAACUCGAUUCUGAAACCGGUAGCUUAAACGUGUUAGUCAGCUCUACAGUCUGUUGCAUUAAAAGCUAUCGUGAAUAAUUUGAUCUCAACGGCACGAUCAGGGUCAAUACAGUCAUUUAGUAAUCUUAUUGUAGCGUACUAAUAUUAAAAAAUAUUAGUCUUAUUUUUUUGUCAUGCAGCGCAUCCCCUUAUUAUUACAGUCCAUCAUUAAACUGUGAAUGACAAUCCAGGUUCAUAUUUAGUUGUUGUAAAUCAGCAGUGCUUGUACUACAAGGCUCAGGGAGAGUAAUAUUGUGAUAAUUGAGAACACUGAUGCAGGGAAUAUCAAGGGAAAAUGAAAUAUUAGCUCUGUUCCCAAAUCCAGUGAGCUGAAUAAACAGCAUUUUAAAGCAUCUUAGACUUAUUCCUGAUUUGAAAGUUGUUUCAAUAGGCGGGGUUGCAUUAUUAUGCUGCCUUCUAACAUUUUCCUAUACACAUUAAUUCCUAUAUAUGAGAAAGUAUACUUUUUUGCUUGGACACAUGAUAACAUAAAACUUGUAUUGGAAUAUGAUUAGCACAUUUAGUCAUCUUAACUUGCUAGAUUUGGAACAGGAUUAUCUAGAUUUGAUAUUUAUUUGAGGCAGAACCUGGUAUUGAUAUGUUAAAAAUGGGAAUGCAUGCUUGUCACCCCUUUUUUAAACUCGGCCCUUCUCGCUUUUUAUCGUUUGCAACUUGCAUGCUCAUGUCAUACCCUGUUAUUCACUUGCAUCCAAGCUGUCAAGCCCAAAGAAGACGGCAAUACAUCAUAAACCAUGCAAAUGUGUCAUUUAAUUCAGUCGCACAAUAGGCCACUGGUUUUAUCACAUCACACAGCAAGCUCCAAGAUCUAAUUCCCAAAAAUCAAACAAGAGAAAAAUAUAACCUCAAGCGUACUGUUUUUGUUUGUUUGUUUUUUCUGGAUGGGGAUUGUUCAGACUGUCACUCAUAACUGUUGGAGUCUAUGUGCCAAAUACCUCUUUGUGAUUUGCUCCACCGUCAACGUCCGCGCGGGCUAUUUUUAUCGUGCGUAACAAAUACGGGUUUCUACAGGGUAACCACUGCUGUGGAGUCCCCUUUUAAUGAACAAGCUUUGAUGCACAGCAGACCGUCGUGAUUUUGUUUCUCGUCCAAUGAUCCAUGUCCACAAGUCUGAUACAAGAUUCGCCACUUUUUGCAUGUCGUGUUUUGUCAGUGAAGUUUGUAUUAGACAUUUUAAAGCAAUAUAGUAAACCGAACUUUGGACAAAUUUAUUUUUUCUAAUACAAGCAAAGGUACUUAAACAUCUCUGGAUCUGUGGUAUUUUAGACUGAGAUUUGUUUCUCUUAUUAGUGGAAGAUCCAUAAUUGUUCGCAUUUUUUAUUGUAUUUUUUUUUUAUCUGUGGUUCCCUCUUUGUGAGAAGCAAUAUAUGUCCGAAUGUGCACGCGUACGAGCAAAUAUGUAUGUGUUUGUGCUAUGUAAUAUUUCCUGAAGGUCAAACCCCAGACAAGGCUUUAAAGAUAAAAUGCAGCAGGGUCAGAUGGUGAAUUGUACGUAAGAUCUUCUGUUUUCCCGGGAUUUAAGAUGUUUUAAGUAGCACUGAGUUUAUACCCCUUGAUGAGGCUGUACAGCAUGACACAAGGCACCUCGAUAUUAACAUUUCAAUUAGAUUUAUGCAAACGCAACAAGGCCUAUGCACUCACAUUUCAUGUAAAAAAAAAGAUUUAACUGUAAACUUUAUGAUCAGUGGAUUAAUGGAAAGUGUCAUGCUCAUAGCAGCAUUUUGAUCUGAAGGUUAAAGUGUAAGGAUGUACAUCUUUAAUUUUGCAUUUUGCUUGCAUUUUUUUUUUUUAUUAUUAUUGAGAAGUUUCUUUCCAAAAGCACAGCUGAUGUUAUUAAAGUGAAUAUGUUUAGAUAAUAGAAGAAAAGAAAAAAAGUCUUUAGCCAUAAUCGAAUGUCAAGCAAUAAUAUAAAUAUAUAAAUAUAUAUAUACAGUAUAUUGUGUAUUAUUAUUAUUUUUUCUGUGCAUAGGCUUUGAACAUCUGCAUGUAAAUACAUCUUUUAUUUAUACAAUUUUUUUGUUUGUUUUGUUUAAUUUUUGUCAUUUUCUUUUGACUAGUUCUGUUCCCGGGUGGAGAACUAUGAACGUCAAAAAUGGCCUGUAAACUGUACAGCUUCAUUUUUUCCUCUCUACUUCACCUUUCGGCUUUUAAUUCACUCAGUAUUUAAUGUUUUAUUGAUCACAUGUAUAAAGGUAACUUCUGUUUGUAUAGGUAAGAAGAAAAUACUGCUAUUAAGACCAUGCUCGGUGCAAAUAGACUCAUCAUGCUGUACAAUAUCUCUGUUUUUAGUCUAAUUCUCUCUUUUAGACUUAGUUUGAUUAGCGGUAGGGUGUGCUGACAUAAAUCUUUGUGUUAUACUGAUGUGUGGUGCUAGGUAAUUUACUUUCGUGAACAAAAAUGAUGGAGUCAUAGAUUAGGCCACCCUCUUAGUCCAUUCAUUUUACUGAGCAUUGAUAUAAGGACUCGAUAAAUAAUGAUAAUGAUAACAAUAAAGUUAACAAUAGUAGUAAUUUACUUUUGAAUACCAGGCAAGUACCUGUAUCAGUGUGCUAGUCUUGGGACGCGGCUUGUUUCCUUCUCACUUUUAAGAUUAUUAGCAAAAGCAGUAUCGGCUAAGUAAAUCUAUUAAACGUUGCGUUUCUGAAUCUUUGCAAUGAAGAGGUUGUUCAUGCUUAAAAAAGCAGUAUUGUGUUUAUUUCUGAUUGUUAUAACCUCACAUCAAACGUUUACCGGUACAUCUGUAGCCUUUCUUACGCUGUAAGGACUUUAGGCGCAAGAUAUGGCGAAGUACUGGAUUGUCUGUAGACUCGGCUCCCUCCAUUUUUUGUUAAUUCUUCCCUGCAGUUUCUAAAGAUAAGCAUCCAUUUUUCUUUUUAACAUCUGCUUUAAGGUGUCACGCACAUGCAGUACAAACACAUGCAUACACGACAGUUAAGCAUUAUAACUAAUUGUAUAGGACAAAUAAAGUUGUACAAGGUUUGUGUAAAACUUCCUGUUUUCUCUUUGUAGCAAGGCAGAAUAUACUUGCAAUAAUACAUAGCAAACUACACUGAGUGCCUCUCAGUGGUACAUGAUGCAGAAAUUUGUUAUUGUUUUCACUGUUUUUCGACUUACUCAAAUGACUGUGUUUGCACAUGUAAGUGACUUCUGUCUUGUAUUACCAAUCUUUCUUUUCAUUUACUUUUUAUAUGUAAAUGAGCUAUUUCAUGUUUGUUUAUAGCCAUGGAAGAAAACUUUUAUUGUCUACCGUGGUGUCCUGUAUUUCUUACCAGUCGAAAUUCUCUGUCUCAGAUGUUUCUUUUUGCUUUUCCUCUGAACAGCACAGUUGAAACGUGUUUAUGGGACAUGCAUUUAUGUAUCCAGUCAGUUGCACCCUGGUUGGAUGUAUCCGCUUAACAAUGAAUGGCAGAGCCCUGUUUGGAUACCAGCAGAGACAAAAUUACAGACAAUAGACAAUCCACUCUGUGUUGUCCCAUUUUAUUCCUGCCAAUUAGGUUAAGUUGAUCAUUUCAAAGCAACAAAAUGACUAAGGCGAUGUAUCUUAAAUGUUCAUAUGUGUAUUGAUACAUACUACACAUCUGGAUCGUUCCUGUUGUCUGUUAAACGCGAACUGAAGGGUAGGGCACAAGGGCCGGAGCAUGGGCGAGUUGGAUUUUGCUUCUCACAUGGGCGGCAUCAACUGCAGAAAAAAAGCAGUGAACAAGUUUGCGGUUGUCACAUAUUUUUACGUCACAUGUUUGCUACUGAUCUUAAAAUGGGGACAGUCGAUCAUGUACCUUUCUAUUCAGCUCUUUUGAACUCUCUUUAGGAGAAAGUAUCUUAAUAGUGGUUUUGCUCCCUUCUGUUUGUCUUAUUCUUAAAUAUGAAAAUAAGUAUUUUGAUUCAUUUUGUAAAUACCGCUGUAAAGAAAAAUAAGAAAUUUAAUGUUGUCUUUUAAAUACUUUUCAUUCUAAUAUGAAUGUUGUUAUAUUGUACUUAGAAACUGUACCUUUAAUAUUAUCUUUAUUAAAAGUGCAUUGGACACAUCGAUUUUAGAUGUGCUUUAUGUGCUGUUAUCCCAUAAUAAAAUUUACCGCUUGUAAUGAGCUCUUA